AAAAGAGCGAGAGAGAGCAACAAGGAGAGGGAAUAAUCCGUGCUCUAGAGUUCACAUAUUCGUACAGAGUUCAUACAUUCGUAAGAUAAACGCGGAUAAGAUGGUUGUCGGAGAAGCAAGUAUACAUAAUAUAAUGGGAGGGAUGGAGAGUACGGGUGGUGUGCGGCUUCAUAAUCAUAAGCGGAAACUGAAGCAAAGGUUCGACAUUAUAAAGAAAUUAGGGCAAGGCACCUACGGUAAGGUGCAAUUAGGAAUAAACAAAGAGACUGGUCAGGAAGUGGCGAUAAAGACAAUUAAAAAAUGCAAAAUAGAAACGGAGGCUGAUCUGAUCAGAAUACGAAGAGAGAUACAGAUCAUGUCGAGUGUUCAACAUCCGAAUAUUAUUCACAUCUACGAAGUGUUUGAAAACAGAGAGAAAAUGGUGCUGGUGAUGGAGUAUGCAGCCGGUGGAGAACUGUACGAUUAUCUGAGCGAGCGCAAAGUUUUGAACGAACACGAGGCUCGCAGAAUAUUCCGACAGAUAGCCACAGCUGUUUUCUAUUGCCAUAAACACAAAAUCUGCCACAGAGACCUGAAGCUCGAGAACAUUUUAUUGGAUCAAGUUGGAAACGCCAAGAUAGCCGAUUUUGGUCUUUCGAACGUGUUCGACGAGCAGCGAUUAUUAAACACAUUUUGUGGCAGUCCAUUAUACGCGAGUCCAGAGAUAGUGAAAGGAACUCCUUAUCACGGGCCAGAAGUGGAUUGCUGGAGUCUAGGUGUUUUACUGUAUACAUUGGUCUACGGUGCUAUGCCCUUCGAUGGGUCCAACUUCAAACGACUAGUCAAGCAGAUUUCGCAAUCCGAUUAUUUCGAGCCCAAAAAGCCAUCUCCCGCAUCGCCGCUUAUAAAGGAGAUGCUCACGGUGUGUCCCGGUAGGCGUGCCGAUAUCGAGAGAAUUUGCACUCACUGGUGGGUGAACGAAGGUUACGAGCAAAAUUGUCUCGAUAUCGCUGAGGAUUUGGCAGCUCAGACUCCAGUUCGAUUGGAUCUAUUGCUCUCUCUAGUGCCACAGUCAGCCAGUGCCGAGAAAUUACUAGUAGGGGGCGAUCAGCAGGCAGGUGGAGAUGUUGCAAAUAAUAUGUCUUCCGAAACGUUGGUGCCUACUAGAUGCCAUUCGGUCGGCAGCUUAAUGGAGCUCGACCAGAAUAGCUCCGACAGAAGGAUAAGAGAAUUGUACGAGGAGGAGCCGAGGUGUUCCGCUACUGGUGACGCAAAGAGAAAAUUGGAGACAACACCGUCGAUGGACGAGACGGCCGCGGCGGGCGUGAAAAGGAAAGAGAGAUCGAGAAGGAAAGAAAAGUCAGACGAGAGAGAGCCUAGGGCGUACAGAUCUUCAUCAAGGCAUCAUUCGGCUCCAAUUCCAAAUUCUAUAUCGGAGGAGGCGAUGGAGGUAGAACCGACAGCCAUUGUAACUGUUCCUAUGAGUAAGACUGUUGAUUUUGAUAAAAUAGAGGCAGCUUGUCUAGAGCUAAUUGAAGAAUCAAAGGAAAGAUCGCCAAGUAAAGAAAGGAGUAAAACUCCGUUGAUAAACGAAUAUCAACAGCCACGUGCUGAGCUAAUGUCUACCGAAAACUCAGCUCAGCAGAUCUGUAAGAUUAAUCAAAAGGUUAGCGAAGAUGAGCAAGACAAGUCGCAGCAAAAGUGUGUCGAGUCUCCUGAUAAGAGUUUAUAUGAAGACGCGAUUGAGAAGGCUGCUUCAGAAAACAUGAAUAAGGUAUCGAAUGAGGUAGUGUUGAAAAAGUCGAGUGAUCUGAAAUCAAAAGUGCCAAUUGAAAGCAACACGAGUGUCAAAAACGAAAUGUCGCAAGAUAUGCAACAAUUAGAACCAACGGAGAACGAUUUCAAAAAGCUGAAGGAAAAGGCGCUCUCCUUAGAUUCCGAGCUGUCGAAUGAAGUGGCUCUACUACCUGCUAAACCCGUCGAGAGACGACGUUCCAAAAUAUUUGAAACGGCUGAAAAAUUCAAUCAGUUGUCAUCUACUACGGAAAAUGAGAAACCUAAAAAGAUAUUUAUUCCCGGCGUUAACGUAGGAGGCGCGAAACGAGCCUUCGAACGAAAGGCCAGUCUCUCAUCCGCAGCCACCACGUCGCCUCCUACGAAAGCCAGCGCGUCCAAAGUUAUCAUUGAUGUACCAGUCAACAAGAAAGGCGAGAAGGAUGAGCAGAAGCAGACACCGGGGAGAGAUCAUCGAGAGAUCACGGCCACUGAAGAUAAAUCGGAUAAGCGAGACGAAGCGAAGAAACGUGCUAUCGAUAUCAUUAGUGGUGCGAUUGGUAAGCCUCCAAUGCAGAAGAAGUUGAACGGCUCAUCACCGAGUUCAAUAUCGCCUCAGAGCCUGGAGUCCUCUAAAAAACUCGGACUGAAGAUACAGGUUGCGCCGAAUGACAUACGAUCGGCCAUGGUAUCGGUCUCCACGCCGAUCGAGACAAAAUUCGACCUUGAUGUGAAGUCAGCAGCAGUAGCAGCAGCAGCAGCACCAGAAGCAACUAUCACUAGUACUACAUCUGACAUAACUGGUAUCGAAAAUUCGCAAUUGGAGGAACCGAAGAUAUCUAGUAAAAUGGAAAUAACAUUAAAAAGUGCAACAUUACCCAGACGAAAAACAAGCAAAGCUGAAAUAACGUUGUCCGGAGUCAGACCACCAGAAACUAUAGCGUUCAAGUCUGAGGUAGAAGCUAAAAUUGAUGCUUUUCAGCCGCAGAAACUGCGCACGCAGAGAUCGGAGGUGGCAUUCCCGGUUGCCGCAGCGGUGCCUCAUGCAAACAGAAGUUCAAGCUUAGAACCGGAAGGCAGACCUAAGGCUGCACCGCCCAGAGAAAGAAUUAUACCUAUUCAGGUAGAAGCAGGACUUGAGCGUACGCAGCAUUCAUCCACACCACCGCCUAAACCGCCAAUGUCCCAGAGAUCAAUGUCUCAACAAUCAGGUUCUCUGUCUCGUCAAUCAACCGCCGAUUCAGACACGGACAGCGCUCUCGGUUCAACUGUAGGACCGGAACCAAUUAGAAAGAGUCCUAGAGAGUACAUAAUUCCUAUCGCGGUAGAAGGUGGCGGUUACGUUACUCCUAGGUCAGGUAGUCUGGAGCCGGAAAAUACGACCAGUACACCGACUACGAGUACGAAUCCACCGAGAUCCCGAUUUGUUAGACCAAGAAGAAUGAGCUCUCUUUUGUCGGAUGCUAGCGAAGACGAGUCUCCUUUCUCUCCGUUGCACGGGGAGGAUUUAUUGCAAAGACAUAUGCAUCGAUUGAGAAGUUCGCGACCGUCCAGGCAACCAUCCGAGCACGCCGAUAGCUUGUCGUCUGGCGAGGACGACGAUGAUGACGGUUUCGAGUUAUUGACUGCCGAAAACUUGUUCUCUACGUUACUAUCUAGAGUGCGAAGUCUGACGCAGCGACUUAACGUUGAUGACAAUCGAUCUGGCGGUUUUCCAAGCAGUAGACUGUUCGGCAGACUCGGCUCCCAAUCGUCACAAGCGUUUUGGGGUCUUAAUAAACCAUUGUCCAGCUACGAGAGCUAUGUCGAAACACGGACUAUGACUACACGACUCUCGGAAUCACAAUUUAAACAUUCUCUGAAUCGUGAUGCGGAUAUAUUUUCAAAAAGAGACUCUGCUAGUACUUCCAAUCCCGGAACACCAAAUAGCCCUGGAUCGCGCAGCACACCUUCCAGAGAAAGUAUCUUCGAAAUCGGGAACAACACCUUGCCAAGAGAUAAAGUAGAAGUAUACGAAGAAGAUGUGAAAGCGGAAAUUGCGGCGCAAAUCAGAAGGGAGGCGCAAGAAUCUCUGGAGCAGAAUUUCACUCCCAGCUUGGCACGUAGAUUGAGUAGACAAUUUAUUGAGCAAACCCGACAAUCUGUACCGCGUUCCCCAUCUUCGACGCGCGAGAGCAAUAGAUAUUAUCAAUCGCCAACGAGGGAUUUGACGCAGAAUCUGGUAGGCCCGAGUGAAAUCAUGAAACGGUACUCCACGUCUACGACUUCUGAUCGGACCGAAUACAGAGGCAAAUCGCUCGAUCGAGGACUUAGGAGGACCAACAGUUUGCUAGAACCGUGCAAGUAUAACAAAUUAGAAGGGCAUGUCUCACCGCGAAGAAGCAUCAGCCUGUUCGACGACUGCGAUAAUGGUUGCGAUGACAAGCUGUUGCCACCUCUACCGAAACACAUAAUGACACUCGGCCGCAAGUACAAGGAAUCGAUUAGAUCAAACGUCGUUGGUAUUACGAGACGAGAUAGCUUUCAUAGUUACAGAACGGACAAGAUCCAGGAAGAGUCCAGUGACGACACAUACCUGUCCGCUUGCAAAGAAGAUAUCAACGUCGCGGAGAAUGGCUCCAUAUCGGAAGGUACAUCGAUAUCCAUGUGUAAUUCAAACGCUAAUUUGGUGGACAAUACCAUCACUACCACCGCCACCACUACCACCACCACUGCCGCCGCCACCACUACCUCGAGCAUGUCGGUUAGAUCUUGCGAAAUCUCUCCCACGGAAUCCUCGUCGAAUCUGAGUGACUAUGGUAAAUCGAUCUACAAAUCAGACAUCUCCAAGAGUUUCGAGAACCGAUUGCUGGCGGCAGAGAAUCUAAUCAAGGAAUCAAAAUUGAAAAACUUGACGUCGCAGCAAUUCAAUCCAAAUCUCAGCUGCAAUUACAAGGAUACGGACAAGUGUGACAAAGAGACCCUGAUGAAUACUUCGGAUCCACAGUCGUCAGCCAGCUCCGUCGCGUCCAAGAGACGCAGUUGCAUCCCGAGUCUCAGAUUACGUUCGGGUUCGUUGACCAGAGAAUCGAGCGUAAGCGCGGACCGCGGAAAGUCAUUUGCCGGUUCAUCUGACGCAUCAGCCGGAAGCGUUAAUCAGGAAAGAUCGAUCCUGAGCAAACUCUUCAGAGGCAGUGGCAGUGGUAGCGGCAGCGGCAGCGGCACCGGCACUGGCACUGGCACCAGCACCGAUAAAGAGGCCGAAUCGAAGGACAGCAACAAGAAUAAAAAACCAAAACAGCAUCGCAUCUCGCGUUUCUUGCGGCCGGAUUUUUUUGACACGCCACGAGAGGAGAGCCAGUAUGUGAAGGAAAAAGAAGCACAAAGAGCGGCAGAAAACGAACGCCGAAAGUCACGGUUUAUGAGACGAAAAAGCGAGAACAAGGAACGUAAUGAAGAUUGCUCGAGAGACGAUAAGAUCUGUAAGGAACAGAAGAACGAAAUAAAUGCGCUGCAGAAAGAUAAACUGGACGGUGCCAUUGGGGCCGCGGUCGCCUCCUCUUCCUCCAUCUCCUUCGAAGACAAGCCCAACAAGGAGAAUAAAGAAAGAACGAAGGUCGAACAAGGCUCGAAGAGUAGCUUUCUCCAUUCGUUGGAGAAAAAGUUGGAGAGAUUGCGCUCGAAUGACGAGACAACAACGAGUACGGUCGCGAAGCCGAUGAUGAACGGCAGCUCAAUAUCCGGUGAUCUCGGAAAGGAACGUGGAUUGCGCGAGUGCUCCGCACCGCCCGCAAACUCUGAGGGAUCGAGCUUGCUCGAGGUGAAGAGGACGUUGAGCGUGGAAGAUCUCUCUUGUCGUGGAGGAUCGAACAAGGAUGCCAGGAAUGUGUCCAACUCGAAGGGUCGAGUGACGUCGGUAUUAGGACUGUUCAAAACGAACGCGGAUACGACCAAACGGAAUACGAACGGUGGCAGUCGAACGCAGAACGUAAUCAUGAGUAAAUUAAAGAGGAGCCCGCCCAAAUGUGUCAAAUUGACGACUGAGUCAUCUUUGGAGGAAGAUAUGACCGCGACGAGCAAAAUCCCGACGAAAUUCGCUAGAACCAACAAUAAACCGACGAAAAGAUUACCGGAGAACAAGAGAUCGCCGGAGAAGGUAAUGACCGAAAUGUGUAAAAGAUCAUCGUCCAAGGAAAAAUCGAAGGAGAAGGAGUCGAUUGUUAAAGAAAGAAAACCUUUUGUGGAAAAGCAAUCGAAGGAAUUUAAAAGAGCCACACCAUCCUCGGAUGUUUCAGCUGCAUCGUCAUCCGCGGAUAAAAUAAUGCUGGACAAAGUGGACUCAUUGUCAGUAAGAAAAUCGUCGGACCAGUCGGAUUCUCCGCGGAAAGUCAUCGACGACAAGCACAAGGCGUCUAUUAUCAAUGACGAAGAUAAGAAACUAAUUAAAACCAAAAAAAACAUCAGCUCUCUAGUAAGCAGGAACGAAUCCGUCACGAGAAUCGACAAGGGCGAGGACGUGGAUAAGAAGACUAAGAAACUGGUCAAGUCGAAAGAAAAUGCGGAUAAAGAUGAGAUUAACAGUUCUAGAAAGAAGAGAAUAGUGCGCGUCGUGAGGAAAGUUGUCAAAAAAUCGUCCGACAGUUCCGAAAGCAAAUCCGAUGAAAAGGGAAAAUCAUCGAAGCCGUUGACGAAGAAGAAAACCGUAACGACGAAGAAAGAGAAGAGUCCCGAAGACCCGAGUAUCAUGGUACAAGAUUUGAUCGAAGAAAAUGAUCAGACUAUCGCAAAAUCAUCCUGCUCUAAAGAGGUGGCGUCAGAUCUGCCAGCGAUGCCCAGGGAUGCUGAAUGCGCGAUGGGAAAUAUAACUAUGAAUCAGAUGAAAAAUGAUAUUAAGGGAACCCGUGUAUUGGAUAAAUGUAUCGAUGUAAAUGUCGCCUCGUCCACCGAUAUGCAUAUCGUCUCGCAGGUGAAUUCCAUUCUUCAGAACGCUUCGAGUUCUCCGAAGAAAGACUGUCCAAGUUCUCAAAGCAUUACGAGCGCUUUGACCAUAGAUUCCUCGAAUUCUACGGCUUGGGUCGAUCCGAGUUUUAAUAUCUGUCAGUCGAAGCAACAACCAACGUUGGAACAAUAUCGACCAAAUAGGGCGAAUUUGAAACUCGAUUUGUCUAAGAUACCACAACACACAUUUAGACACGCGACUCCUAAGAAAGAUUCGCCCGGAUCUGAUUCACCAAAAUCAAAUCCCGCCACAUCUACUGGAUUGCCUAAAACGGACGAUCUUAUAGAACGAGGAAAUGGUUCCGACAAACUGAUGGAGCGUCUGUCGAAGAUGACGCAUCACGCCAACAUCACCGGCAACAAGAUAAUCAUCGAUAAGCCGUUGCGAGCGAAGGAUGUCGCCGAACUAAAGCGAGAGGUCACCGAAUAUGCUAGAAUCAUAGAGAAUCACGUGACGGAAUCGCGAGACGAUUACUGUGAGCCGAAAGAGAUAACUGAACUGAAUCCUGAAGGGAUUAACAGUGUUACAGUGACUAAAGAGCCACCGGAUGAUUGCACCAGUGAGAUGUUCACGCCCGAGGAACCCGAGAGUUUUGAUUCCUGGUCAAUUUGUUCGGCUGAUCUGAAUCAUAUUCGCGGUGAUUUGCACUCGCCGACAUCACCGUCGUACUCUCUAUUCAUGCGUGGAUCCGACAGCUCAGAAUCGGUAAUAGACCGAAUACGAAGACGCAGCUUUUAUUCGAGGUUCAAUGAUCGAAAGAGGCCAUCCUUGAUGGCGCCGCCACCGGGUGUCAAUAGCGUCACUCUGCCUAGAAGAUUCAGUUUCAACAGUUCUAGAGAAAGGGAGCGCGACAGAUUGCACAAUUAUGGAGUUUCCAAGAGGACGAAGGACAAAGGUUACAUUUUGUACGGCGAUGACGAGACACCAGCCUUGAGAAAAUCACCGAUCGAUCGAGAGAAAUAUAGCGACGCAUCGAAUACAUCGUCGUACGGUCAUCAGACGGAAGCGAGAGCCUUCCUCGAUCAUCACGGUAGUGGCUUGCCAUCUUCCUCGCACGAUUCCCUGCGGAGAUACGCAAGGUCUCCGACGCUGGAUCUUAUCACCUCUCGCGUCAAGUAUCAUAGCACGGAUGUCAUCGCGGACAACGAUUUCGCCGGAGUCUCGUACAAGGGUCCUCUCUCGAGAUCGUUUCUGAGUGCAGACGGCAUGACGGACUCUUCCUACUAUGGCAGAAAUACGUCGACCACUUUGCCGAAAAAGUACGGCUCCACCGUCGGUGGUCUAGAACCGAAGAGCGUAGAAUAUUAUGAGGAGAUUUUGUCACCGAGCAAUCCUGACUGUCUAUCGCCACGCGACACUUGCCGAUCACCGUUGCUGGAUAUCUAUUUGAGCAGAUGCGAGAAUGGAUGUAAUCACAAUGGUAAUUUGGAUUUGGAUUUGCAACAGUUUAAUGCCGAUAAACCAAGGUCCUACACGGAUGCGGAAAUUGUUCAAGGAGACAGUAAGCUGCUUGGUGAGCAGAAAAGAAACAUAAUUCAACGCUUCAGCGAAACGAGGGAUGCGUCCUAGACAGCUGCGGAGAUAUCCUAUCGAAUAUAUUUAUUACUGAACGGAAUUGAUUUCAUUCAGACAGAAAGUAAAGUUUUUAAAAAGAUAAUAUGCCAAACACACACCAUUUUACUAUACAAUGAUUUUAUAAUGUAGUAUUCGCGCCAAAAUGUCUCGCGCUUCUUCGUCAUAGCGAUGAAAUAGUCACGAUGGCAAUAAAAAUGCAACGAUAAAUAUGAUUAAAUAUUUGACUAUGUAUACAUCGCGUUAUAUUAAAAUUAUUGUAUACGCUUAAAAUUGCUUUAGACUCAAAAUAAUAAAUUCUACGGGUAUUUCUCAUGAAUCUAAUUCUAUCUGAAUCCGUGAUAAAUUUUGUUAUUCUUCAUUACACAAAAAUGCGUCUCUGCGAAAUUUUUUUCCUUUUAUUUUCCUUUCUUUUUCAUAUUAUGUUGAAAAUUAACAAAGAAAUGUGAAAGAAAUUUCAACGUAUUUUUCAUCGCAUCGAAUCUUUAAGCGUUUCUGAUAUUGGAAAAUAUAAUUGUAGUGACAUUUUCUCUAUAACUAAUUGUAAGUAAGACGAAGAGGGCUAAGAGAACACUUUGACUCUGAUAUUUAUAGAAAUAUAAACAUAAAAGUUCAUAUAUAGUUGCUUCUGUUAUAGUUAUCGCAGCGACAACGAAAUAUGAAAAAAUCUUGCCAUUUAUUUCAUCACUCUAAUUUGCGUGCCAAAGCGUCAACAAAGCGUUGACAAAUUUAAACUGCAUACGAUAAGUCAUUUUUUUUUAUUGGAGAAAUAUAUUGGGUCAAUUUUUAUCAGUUUAUCUUUUGUCAUAAUUAUAUUCAUAGUGUGAAGAUAAAAUAAUUUGUAAAUACAUAAAUACUUUAAGAGUAAACUGUCAAAUACGUUUUUGACUGCAUCAAGAAAAUUAUCUAGGUAUUAUAAUUUUAUAGCGUCACGUCAAUUAACAACUAAUUAACAAAUCGAAUAAUGAUCGAAUCAGCAUAACGCGAUUUAAGACGCGAUAGGCUAAAGACUAGUAAAAAGCGCGAACCGCGCGUUUUAGUUCCUUACGCGAGUAUCGCUUUAUACAGUCGAAUUUUUGUAAUUCUUCCUUUUAUAUAUUCUUUUCCUUAUUCUUUCUCCUAGUUUUCUUAUCGCGCUGCUCUCUUCCAUGUUCGUCACUUAACUAUAUAUGUAUGUGUGUAAAAUAACGACAUAAAAUAAUAAGAGAGAGAGAGAGAGAGCGCAGCACGGAGGGAAGACAAAUGGAAAGGAGAAAGGACCGAGAAGACAUAAAGGAAGAAAUAUGAAUGUUUUAUUAUAUAUCUAUGAAAACAGUUUUUUUGAAUAAAUUAAUCAGAGAUAGAGAGAAAAGAAACAACGAUGUUAUAUUAGGCCUAAAAACUUUUGACUGAUCAGCCUUACGGUCUUCCGCUUGUUACGUACGUGUUUUCUAUUGAUAUACAUAUUUUAAAAUAAACAUCGAUACUCUUCAA